AUGCAUGAGACUAAGAAAGCGAACAGAGAUGUGUUACCGUUUGAUAUUUUCAAGAAAAUGUUCCGUGGUGAUACGGGGACUUUUGAAGUCUACCUGCAUCAUGAGCAUCGCAUCCAUGCGAGUAAGACGGUUUUUGAUACCGAGAUACAAAUACUCUUCCAGCUAGGCUUUAUACUUAUCAUCAAUUGGCAGUUACCUGCGGUAACAACACCAGUGAUUAUGCCUCUCAAACUACUUUGCCUCCAUGGUUGGGGCACCAAUACCAAGAUCUUGCAGUCCCAGCUAAAUGGUCUAAUGACCGAUCUUCGUCGCGAUAAUACGGUCACAUUCCACUUUCUCGAGGGCGAUGUAGAUUCGAUUCCAGGCCCGGGGAUCUCGGGCUUCUACGACGGUCCUUACUACAGUUAUUAUAAGUUUCCCCGGUCCAUUUCCGACAAUGACACCGAGGGAGAGUCUUUACUGAGUGCGUACGACCGUCUUUACGACGCUGUAGAAGAGGAAGGUCCUUUCGAUGGGGUCCUGGGCUUCUCCCAUGGGGGCACUUUGGCAGCUGGAUUCUUGAUCCACCGUGCAAAGUUGUACUCGCAGGAACUACCUUUGUUUCGCUGUGCUAUCUUCAUCAACUCCCUCCCACCAUUCCGGAUGGAUCCAGGUGGGGAUCCAGUGGUCGAUCCAGAUCUGGAGGGGUACAUCAACGUCCCAACCGUGAGUAUUGGCGGUGCCGAAGAUCCGCUGCUUGAGUACUCACUUGCGUUGUAUCGGCUAUGCAAUCCAUCCAUGUCGACCUGGGUGGUGCACAGCAAAGGUCACAAUAUCCCAGCAGAUACAAAGAACGUUUCCUCCAUCGCUGCAGCAAUCCGGAAAUUGGCAAUUCAAGCGCUGGCAAUUUGGUGA